CCGCGUAACAUAACAGUCGACCCUUCCAGAUUUCACCUCGCAGUACAGAAAGUCGGCUCGUAUCAGCACCUCUAACAUCGACAAGGGAGUUAUUCGCAUUCACAGUGCCGUUUACUUAGUACGGUUGGAACAACGUAACGGAUUUGAAGUGCUUUGCAUUUGCAUUUGCAUUUCCAUUUGCAUUUGAUUUAGCAGUUGCAUUUGCGGCGGCGGUUCGCGCAUCGAGUCCGAGUUGGCGUGCUUGUUCGUUGACCGCCAAAGGAUGAAUCGGCCAACGAUCACCGUGGACAGGGAGAAGACAUGCCCGCUGCUGCUGCGGGUUUUCACGAAGCAUGGGGGUCAUCACAGUGUGGAUGACUUCGAAGUGAGAGGGAAGGAACCUAAGGAUGAAGUUCAGAUCUACACGUGGCGGGACGCCACGUUACGAGAGCUCACUGAUCUUGUGAAGGAGGUUUCUCCCACGGCGAGAAAGAGAGAUGCUAUACUCUCUUUCGCCUUCGUCUAUCCGGACAGAAGGGGGAGGAACGUUAUGCGCCCGGUGGGGAAGACAGCAUCCUUUGCGAGGAGACCUGACGAAAAUAAGACGUUGGCGGAGCUUAGCUUUCAGACGGGGGAUUUUCUUGAUGUCGCGAUCUAUGCGUAAUCAGUUAAUCAGCAAUCAUGUAUAACAAUCUCUCUGAUCGGAUUGAUUACAAGAACGAGCAGGAGCAGCAGCAGCAGCAAAUGGAACACGCGUGCGCCUGAUGGCAACGUGAUGAAUCUUGUAUUUUUGAAAGUUAGCUAAGUAAGGUCCAUGAUGGAAAGAAGAGCAGAUUAAUUCGGCUGGGUACGUGCUUGUAUUCUGAACUCGAAUGGAAGAUCCCCUUUGCGCCCCCGCCAUUUCCGCUUGACGUAUAAGUGACCACCGGCUCAGGCGCUCUGUUUAGUUGUGCAGGUCUUUGUUUUCCCAAGUGCUUUUGGUACCAUGCAUUUGGGUCCUUUUCCCUGUUCCUGUCGUUGAUCCAGUACUUAGUGCCACGAGGAGGAGGAGAAGGAGGAGGAGGAGGAGGAGGAGGAGGAGGCAUGUUAGCAAAGCAUUUUGCUGGCUAGGGGGAGGAGGAAGGAAAGAUGGAUGUCUGCUCUAUGAGAACGUAUAGCAACUUCACUGCGGCACCACCUCAUCACCGUUGAUUAUCCGAAGUAGAUACAUGCAUACGGGUCAAGCCGACAGGUCCUGGUUGGUAGGAAGGAGCUCCUGUUAUUCCUGCUGCAGAUGGGUUGACCUCAAUCACAGGGACCGUUAUGUUCCCUACCGGCGGUCGCCGGUCGGUGAGUUGUUCUUUCUAUUCUGUAAUGGGGUGGCCGGUCUCGAGGAAGUUGGUGCAUUGUGCGGGGCGUGGCCGGUCUCGAGGAAGUCGGUGCAUCGUGCGUGGCAGGUCUCGAGGAAGUCGGUGCAUCGUGCUUUCAAUUGACAGGUUGUGAGGGAGUAGUGUGGUGGAACCCGGUGAUCAGAGAGAGGGGAGGGGAGGAUAUCACAGAGCAAUGAUGUUGUGCAGGUUUGUUUGUCCAGCUGGAAGACAGAGAGGUAGGUAAAUGAAGGAUGGAGAUGGAUUUGCGGGUCGAAAUCCCGCGUUCAUGAGUGGAAAGUCUUCGUCGUAAAUACAUGUGAAUGCAUAGAUAGCUGUAGCGUUUUGAAAAUGCGUAACGUAGUCGACGAGGGUCUAAUUGUUUUCAAGGAUUCAAGCGGCUGAUGAGGAAGCCUGCGCUCGUGGUGCCCAACAGUAUGUGACAACGACUGCUCCUUUGUAUGAUAUCUCAAUGAAUUAUGACUGUGGACUCGGUGUGGAGGUGUAUGUGUAAGUUCUGAGACUGGAUUGGUUCUUGCCGACUCUGCUCCCCAUGCU